AUGGUCCGCCUGAUCGCAAUUGGAUUCUUCUUCCUCGCAGGUCUCUUGACCGCAAAUGCUUGCACUUAUUGCCAGUGCGAGUUUUCCGAUGGUUCCCACUGCUGUGUCUACUCUGACUCCUCCGUGGGUAACCUUGAUUGCACUACAGUUUGCUCAAGCGCUCAUCGAGCUGAUGGGACUACCAACUCGGAUGGCACUGCUGGUACUGCAUGCAAUGCUGGAGGGAGCUACAAGUGUGCAAGUGUCUUUGAGGCUCAGGACCGCACCGCAUGCUAUACAGAGUAA